AGGGGGGCGUGACAGCCCACUGACAGGCAUCGUGUGAAGGCUGGUGAACGCCGCUUCGCUCCUCACCCACUCUCUCACUCACUCACUCACUCACUCCGCCGCUCAGACAGAGUCCGACUGCCCCCCCCCUACACACACCAGCCGGGCUCCGGGAGACUCGCCCACCACAGUCACACCGACCCUGACAUCUGCAGAAACAACAGCCCGACCAUCCCUGGAGGUGGAACAUAAAGAGACAAGGGAGAGAUACAGAGAGACUCGGACAAUCUCCAGUCUGCACACACAGACCCGUAACAUCUCCACCCUCUUUGACAAGAAGUGAGACAACAUGGAGUGUGUACAAGUAAAUAAAGAGGCGGAAAUGGUGGAGAUUAUUCCAAAUGGGAAUCAUGUGGAAGAUCUGACGGUGCCGAUUAAAAUCUCCACAGAGGAGGACAGGUAUGAAGAAAAUGAAGGCCAUUCAGCCGAGUGUGAUGAAUUUCUGCCUCACUUGGAUACCGAGAAGAAGCCAACUCGAUUUACAGAUUUUGAAGGAAAAACCUCCAUUGGAAUGUCAGUGUUCAACUUGAGUAAUGCCAUCAUGGGUAGUGGUAUCCUGGGACUGGCGUAUGCGAUGGCCAACACCGGCAUUGUCCUCUUCCUCUUUCUAUUGUCAGCUGUGGCCCUCCUUUCCACCUAUUCCAUUCACUUGCUUCUGAAAGCCUCUGGAGUGGUUGGAAUCCGCGCUUAUGAACAGCUCGGCUAUAGGGCAUUUGGAACCCCUGGGAAAUUAGCAGCUGCUAUGGCAAUCACCCUGCAGAAUAUUGGAGCCAUGUCCAGUUACCUUUAUAUCGUGAAGUAUGAACUCCCACUGGUGUUACAAGCCUUCCUCAACGUCGAGGAGAAAUCUGGAGAAUGGUACCUGAAUGGAAACUACCUGGUGAUCAUCGCCUCUGCCACUGUCGUGUUGCCUCUGGCCCUGAUGAAACAACUCGGUUACCUGGGCUACACAAGUGGGUUCUCUCUCAGCUGCAUGAUUUUCUUCCUAAUUGCGGUGAUCUACAAGAAGUUCCAGAUUCCCUGCCCAUUUACCAACAUACAUGCAAACAGCUCCUUUGCUGACAGCAUUAACUAUCAGAAUAAUACCUACAACAGCAGCAAUGACAUUCACACGGACACCGAUGAUCAAUGCAGCCCGAGGUUGUUUACCCUGAACUCACAGACUGCAUACACCAUUCCCAUCCUGGCUUUUGCCUUUGUCUGCCAUCCAGAAGUUCUUCCCAUCUACACAGAGCUGAAAAACCCAACCAAGCAGAAAAUGCAACACGUGUCUAACGUCUCAAUCGCGGUUAUGUACGUCAUGUAUUUCCUCGCUGCUUUAUUUGGAUAUUUGACAUUUUAUGGGAGAGUUGAACCGGAGAUGCUGCACACAUAUAGUAAGAUUGACCCUUUCGACACUUUGAUACUGUGUGUCCGUGUAGCCGUGCUGAUCGCAGUAACCCUCACCGUGCCCAUCGUACUGUUCCCGGUGCGUCGUGCUAUCCAGCAGAUGCUGUUCCAGAACAAACCCUUUAGUUGGCUCAGGCACACCAUCAUUGCCAUCAUUCUUCUAUCUGGCAUCAACUUACUGGUUAUCUUUGCACCCAACAUACUUGACAUCUUUGGAAUUAUCGGUGCUACCUCCGCUCCGUGUUUAAUUUUCAUCUUCCCAGCUGUGUUCUACAUACGGAUAAUGCCAAAUGAAGAGGAGCCCAUGUGCACGCUUCCAAAAAUCCUGGCUGCUUGUUUUGCAGGCCUGGGCUUUCUCUUCAUGACCAUGAGUCUGAGCUUCAUCAUCAUCAGCUGGUCCACAGGAGGUGGCAACAUUAACGGAGGCCACUAGAUAAGGGAGUGCCUCGUCCGCUGAGAGCCAAGUGCCCCCCUCACCCUCAAGGAGCACGACCAUUGCUGAAGAAAGUGGCUGAUAAACCCAGAGCCCAUGCUGAACCCUCCGAUAAUGAGACAUGUAAAACAGACACACACAUAUAUAUAUAGUUUAUGCACACCUGCAAUUUUUAUACUGUGUUACUGUGUACUGAGUAGUCGAUGCAAACACUUUGCACGGAAUUUUAUAAAACCACACCAUUUCUAAGUUAUUUUGUAUAGAGCUAGGACAUUCUCAGUGUUAAUGCCUGUGAAAUAGCGCAGGGACAUCUGUGUUCGACUGACUGGGUUCUGAACUGAGGAUUUGAGUUUUACUAGGAGAGGGGGUGGGGAGGGCUCUUGUUUUUUUAUAUGUAUUUUAUAUUGCGCUCCUUUGGCACAAUUGAACGCUAAAUGACCGCAUUGUUAAAGGUGGUUCAGAAGAAUACAAACAAACAAAAAAAUUUCAAACUACCAUACACUAUUUCCACCUCCAAACUCCUGCUUAGUGAUGCGGGCACUUAUCAUAGUUCGGUUGUAGAUAGCAGGGUCGUGCUGCAUUGUGUUUCCUGAACAAUUAAUAUUUCUUUGUUUUUAAAAUAAAGCCAGAUAUUUCAGAAGGCUAAAUGCAUUACAUGUUGUAGAGCCAUACGUGCUGUUUGCAAUUCCCAUUCUGGGCUAAGGUGGCUGGUCUCAACCAGGGUGGGAGUUGGUUUACUUGGGGAGGGAAGAGAUUAAAGCCAGCCAGGGCUCCACUACCUAGAGUUUUCCAACUCGAAGAGCAAGUAUUGUAACAGUGGGCACAGGAGCUACUGUUUGGCCUCCCUGUUCCUGACUCAUUGAUAGUCCCAAAUUAAGACCAGCCAAAUUAGCCAAUAUCGAACCCCAAUAAUCCACAAAUGUAUAUAUUUUGUAGUAGAUUCAGAGAUAGAGCUGAUCGGUAGAGCACUUUGGUUGAUGCACGGUUUUGUACAGACUGUCCCUUGAGAAGAUAAAUGUCCUGUUUUGAGCCUCAGAGCUACGUUCUCCUCCUUCACCUCGCAAGCAUUCUGAGCUCAAUAAUGUUUGGCCACCACAAUUUUACAAAGCACUAGUUCCACUGUAACGUUAGUGAAACAAAUGAUUCUUUUUCUGCUUGCCAUUUUAACAGCAAGUGAAAGUUGCUCACCAUCCGAGCCAUUGCUUCCAGGUUGCUGCUUUAUUUAAUUUGUAAAAACUUGCCCAUAACCUGUCUUUGUGAAGCUUGGAAAGAGACUGCACUGUGCUCUAGUUUGGGAGACCAGGGUAGGAAUCCUAGCGACUGCUUCUACAAGGUGAGUCAUUUGAGCAACAUACACUGGAUUGUUUGCGCCACGUCUUGAGCUGAGACCGCAAGUAUUUUCACCCAUGGCCUUUCCCCCCCAUCAACUCUGCUUCAACGCAGUAUACCUUGCACAGUACCCAACAAAGAAUGGAUCUCAGCGUGGGGUAAAACAAAACAGAUGGAACCUAUGUCCAUUCAAAGCAGGAGGAGGAAGCACCUAGAUGACUUCCCACUGCAACUGUGUUCCUUCCUUCUGGCGGGACUGAUCACACCGGUUGGUCAACAACGGGGAGGACAACCCAAGCCAGAGGGAAGGAUUGUGGAGGCAGGGGACUGCUGGAAACUGCAAACGCAUUCCUACCCCUGGGGAUGGGACCCAUCACAGUAGCAAUCCAGGCCGCAGGGAAGGUGGAUCACUGUAUUAAAUCCAUCAGGCAGGUUACCCAGUCCAUCGGGAAAGGGCAACUCAACAGGAAUGCAGGGUAUCCCAUGCACCUUCCCAGAGGUGGAUUAACAUCUGUUUCAAGGGUGCACUGAUCAGGGGGAAGAGGAUCGAUUCAACAAAGUAAAAAAAACAUUUAUACGAAUGAAGAUUUAUUUUUACUAAACUAAAAAAAAAUUCAAAAGAGUGGGAAGAAGUCAUCUACUAAUGACUUUAAUGAUUUAAUUCUAUGUCUGUGUUUUAAUUAUUAAAUAUAAUGUCCUUUCUCAUGAGGAACAUAAUACUGCCAAUGGGGCCAUGGGGCCACCCAGUGGAACUUGCCAACCUUGAACGUUGGUUUAUUAACAGCACAGAGCAUUUAUAAAAUAAUAAUUCUGGGGACAAUGAAUAGAAAUGGUUUAUUUGAUGAAAGCAAUAUUUACAGCUGUGUUUAAAUAAAAUUUGCAUUUUAUUUUUGUCUUGUAUUAUAAUAUACAACAUUGAUCUGUUUUAUUAGAUUGCGCUACCGUGUUUUAGAAAUGAAGCUUCUCAGAUUCCGACACACAAUAUUUAUAUUUUAUUAAAUGUAUAAUUAAAUUUUAAUUUAAUAGAAAAUAAAAAUCAUAAAAGAUUUUUAAUAUUUAAUGUUCUGCUUGGCAGUGGAAAAAGCCUUAUAGAUCUGAUCGGGGUGUGUAGGUAAAACCUUCUGUAUGACUGCUACAUCGCCCGAGAUAUUUGUGUCAUGUAUUAAUCCUCUGUCUUACAUUGUAAACCGUAACAUAAAGUCUGCCUGAUUGUGUGGUGACUCACAUAAGAUGUGUGUCACUGGGUACAUUGAAGGGGGCACUAAAAUAGGGCAGGGCCCGCUGCAAUAUGUUUCACUCACAUGAGUUAGGGUCUUGUUUAACAUUUGCCAGAGAGGCAGCUCAGUAGCUGAUAGAAACCCCUUCAACCACUGUUUCUGAUGCAUUGGUGUAUAAAAUCCACAAUCUUCAAUCUUCCAAUGUGUUGGGACAUUUGCUGCCAAUCCAUUAAUGUCCCUCCUGCUCUCUAGUCUCUGACUCAUGAGUGUAUCUCUCCGCUUCAACUAUUCAGUAUGCCGAUGUUUAAUUAUUUUGUUUUCUCCUCUUGCUUCUCAACUUGUUCUUCCUUGGGUAUUGAUUCAGCCUUGCCUCAUACCUCUGAAUCAGGAAGGUUCAAGUCUCCCACUGUAGAUAUCGGGCUUGUACUAUGCACUGUUGAGGGAACUGAAGAGCCAUUGCUGCACCAAGGUCUGGGCUGCGGAAAUAUAGGAUCUCAUGGCACUACCUUCAAAGCUCUGUGCCGAUUGCCAAUAUUUAUUCUUCAGCCAACAUCACUAAUAAAAAAACAAUGUGGUUGUUAUCACAAUGCUGAGCGUGGAAUCUCACCAUGUGUUAGAAUGACAGGCAAGGUUCCUCGAUUACAACAGUAACAAUAAUGCACCUGCUGGUGGACUGCUGAGAAAGUGCAGGAUCUGCACAAAUAUAUUUCAUUUAUUCUUCCAGGGUAGAAUUGUCCAGCACUGGAGGCCAGAGCCAUUAGAUGACAAGGGGAAAGUUUAAUGGAGAUGUGCGGGGUAAGUUGUUUUACACAGAGAGUAGUGGGGGCUUGGAACACAAUGCCAGGGGUGUGCUGGAGGUAGAUGCGAUAGUGGCGUUUAAGAGGUUUUUAGACAGGCACAUGGAAUAGAGGGAUAUGGAUCAUGUAAAGGCAGAUGGGAUCAGUUUAACUUGGCAUCAUGUUCGGCACCAACAUUGUGGGCCGAAGGGCCUGUUCCUGUGUUACUAUGUUUUAUAUCCUAAUGGUGUGCAUUUCAGCUACAAAUCUAAAGAAAGCUUCAUCAUCCACAUGGUAAGCCUCUAGUCAUUACAGUCAUACAGCACGGAAACUGGCCCCUCAGCCCAACUUGGCUAAGAUGCCCCAUCUACGUUAGUCCCACAUGCCUGCGUUUGGCCCAUAGCCCUCUAAACCUUCCCUAUCCAUGUAUCAAUCCAAAUGUCUUUUAAAAUCUGUUAUAGUAGCUGCCUCAACUACUUCCCCUGCAACUCGUUUCAAAUAUCCACCUCGAUUCAAUGCUUAGUGCCGCCGCCUUUUGCUAUUUGUUGUCAGAUGUCAAUUUCCAAUACAUUAUUUGACAAUUAGAGCAAGUAAUUGUUCCCUAUGUUGUCAAGUAACUUUUUAUCCUAUUUUCAAAUCACUUUCAAUUCAAAUACCCUAUUUUCAAAUCACAAAUCAUUUUCAAAGGAUGUAGCUCAAUGAACAUUUUUCGUUUUGUUUGGGGAUAUAUUCUCUAACGUCAGUGAUUGCAGCAGCCCUGCUCUCCAAUUCCCAGCCAUUCAUCUGCUCUAGUGAGUAUGUGCUUCUUGCACCUGGGGUUGAAACCAUCCACAUUUUUACUUCAUUCUUGAGGCAUUUGCAUUUAUAAGAUCAAAUUACUUUAGAGCUUGAGAAGUGGAGUCACUGUUAAAAUGUUGGAAACACAUCAGUCAGUUUGCAUUUGAUUUACCGAUGUAGAUCAAGGGAUAUAUAUCGCACGUUCUCCCUGUGACCACGUGCUCCGGUUUCCUCCCAAUAUCCAAAAGCCGUGCGUGUUUGUAGGUUAAUUGGCCUCUGUAAAUUGUAAAUUUACAGUGUGCAGGUCGUAGAUGAAAAAGUGGGGUAACAUAGUGUGAACGGGUGAUCGAUGACAAGCGUGGACUCGGUCGACCUGUUUCCAGGUUGUAUCUCUGAAAACUAAACAUAAAAAAAUUCUGGGGAUAAUUCCCAUUCACUCCAGAAGACAACAAUGGCAUCUAUUAUCUCAUCCCAGGAGAGCAGGUAGGACUUUGGCCUAAUAUCUCCUCCAAAAGACAUGGCCUACAUUAAGUAGUCCACCACUCCCUCCCUCAGUGUUGCCACUGGACAGCCAGCUUAUGUUUUUUUCCUCAAGGUUCUGGAGUGGGGCUUGAAAUCUUUUGAUUCUUUUUUUGGGUGGCACAGUUGUGUAGCAGCUACACAGAUCAAAUAACCCGGGCUCAAUCUGGAUCACUUUCUCUCUAUGAUCUUGUGGGUUUCUUCUGGGUAGUCCGAUUUCUUGCCACAUCCCUGGGAUGUGGCGGGAGGUUAAUAUAGGUACUACUAUAAGUAGCCAUUCGAGUGAUUGGUUGGCAAGGGAAGGGGAGGCAGCUCAACGACAUGGGAGAGGGAAUAGAUGACAGGAAACGUGUGGUGAAAGGAACCGAUGGCAAAGCCAGUAUAAACCCGAUGAGCUGAAUGGCCUCCCUCUAUGUUGUAACAUGACACUGUUUGAACUCUAAUCCCUCCUAAUGGAUGUAUGUACAACACACAGCUGCAGGCUGCUGGGGUGGGGAGCAAAAUGUAAGUGGAAACAAGCAGUUGUGUGUUGAUUUGUGACUGUGUACAAAACGAAGAGUUUAUUUUAAAAAGUUAAUUUCCUUGCCUGUUUGAGGUAAUAUUGAUUUGUGUAUUUAAUCAAAGGGCAAUCCUUUGAUGGAUUAAGUGGAGAAGGAAACAUCUUUAAAAAAAAAAUACUUUAUUGCCUCCAAGUCUAGAGAUUUGGUUCAGUCUGUUUUUGUAAGACCUCAGCAUUCUGUACCUAUUAAAGUCGAGUGGAUCUGUAAUAUGUAUGAACAAGAAAUCAUAAAUAUUAAACAAUUUAAAACCUGA